GGCGAUUAGCACCCAUUGCAUGAAUUAUAAAACAAUAACUUUCGGAAGAAGCAGCAGGAAAAAAAGAAAAAGAAGGAUCGAUCGUUGGUUCACCACCACCACCACCCGCCCCCCUGGCCAACUCUGCUCACUGCUCUUGCCCCCUCCCUCCUCUCUCCCUCUUGCUUCUUCCUUUCCCAGAGAGGGGGGAGGACUGGGAGGAGGGCAGGCGGCCGGCUCCAGAGGAGGGGGGCACCGAGGGGGGCCGUGAUCAGAAGGAGCAGUAGCAGCAGCAGCAGGAGAAGAUGCUGAGGAUGCGGACCGCGGGGUGGGCGCGCGGCUGGUGCCUGGGCUGCUGCCUCCUCCUGCCGCUAUCGCUCAGCCUGGCGGCCGCCAAGCAACUCCUCCGGUACCGGCUGGCCGAGGAGGGCCCUGCGGACGUUCGGAUCGGCAACGUUGCCUCGGACCUCGGCAUCGUCACCGGCUCCGGCGAGGUGACUUUCAGCCUGGAGUCGGGCUCGGAGUACCUGAAGAUCGACAACCUCACGGGCGAGCUGAGCACCAGCGAGCGGCGCAUCGACCGCGAGAAGCUGCCCCAAUGUCAGAUGAUCUUCGACGAGAACGAGUGCUUCCUGGACUUCGAGGUGUCGGUGAUCGGGCCCUCGCAGAGCUGGGUGGACCUGUUCGAGGGUCGAGUCAUAGUGCUGGACAUCAACGACAACACGCCCACCUUCCCGUCGCCCGUGCUCACGCUCACGGUGGAGGAGAACCGGCCGGUGGGCACGCUCUACCUGCUGCCCACGGCCACCGAUCGUGACUUCGGCCGCAACGGCAUCGAGCGCUACGAGCUGCUCCAGGAGCCCGGGGGCGGCGGCGGCGAGGGCCGGCGCGCUGGGGCUGCCGACAGCGCCCCCUACCCCGGGGGCGGCGGGAAUGGCGCGAGCGGCGGCGGCGGCGGCGGCCCGGGAGGUUCCAAGCGGCGGCUGGACGCGCCCGAGGGCGGCGGCGGCACCGGCCCGGGUGGCCGGAGCAGCGUGUUCGAGCUGCAGGUGGCGGACACCCCCGAUGGCGAGAAGCAGCCGCAGCUGAUCGUGAAGGGGGCGCUGGACCGCGAGCAACGGGACUCCUACGAGCUGACCCUGAGGGUGCGCGACGGGGGCGACCCGCCUCGCUCCUCCCAGGCCAUCUUGCGGGUACUCAUCACCGACGUGAACGACAACAGCCCCCGCUUCGAGAAGAGCGUGUACGAGGCCGACCUGGCGGAGAACAGCGCCCCGGGGACCCCCAUCCUGCAGCUGCGUGCCGCCGACCUGGACGUGGGGGUCAACGGGCAGAUCGAGUAUGUGUUUGGGGCGGCCACCGAGUCGGUGCGGCGGCUGCUGCGGCUGGACGAGACGUCGGGGUGGCUCAGCGUCCUGCACCGCAUUGACCGCGAGGAGGUGAACCAGCUGCGCUUCACUGUCAUGGCCCGCGACCGCGGCCAGCCCCCCAAGACCGACAAGGCCACGGUGGUCCUCAACAUCAAGGACGAGAACGACAACGUGCCGUCCAUUGAAAUCCGCAAGAUCGGCCGCAUCCCCCUCAAGGACGGGGUGGCCAAUGUGGCCGAGGACGUCCUGGUGGACACUCCCAUCGCCCUGGUGCAGGUGUCCGACAGAGACCAAGGUGAGAACGGGGUGGUCACCUGCACCGUGGUGGGCGACGUGCCCUUCCAGCUCAAGCCCGCCAGCGACACGGAGGGCGACCAGAACAAGAAAAAGUACUUCCUGCACACCUCCGCCCCCCUGGACUACGAGACCACCCGGGAGUUCAACGUGGUCAUCGUGGCCGUGGACUCGGGCAGCCCAAGCCUCUCCAGCAACAACUCCCUCAUUGUCAAGGUGGGAGACACCAACGACAACCCGCCGGUUUUUGGCCAGUCGGUGGUGGAGGUGUACUUCCCGGAGAACAACAGUCCUGGCGAGAGGGUGGCCACUGUGCUGGCGACAGAUGCUGACAGCGGGAAAAAUGCCGAGAUUGCCUACUCGCUGGACUCGUCCGUGAUGGGGACCUUUACCAUCGACCCUGACUCUGGGGACAUCCUUGUCAACACCGUGCUGGACCGCGAGCAGAUGGACAGGUAUGAAUUUAAAGUCAAUGCCAAAGACAAAGGCAUCCCAGUCCUGCAGGGCAGCACCUCAGUGAUUGUGCAGGUGGCUGACAAGAAUGACAAUGACCCUAAGUUUAUGCAGGACGUCUUUACUUUUUAUGUGAAAGAGAACUUACAGCCCAACAGCCCCGUGGGGAUGGUUACCGUGAUGGAUGCUGACAAGGGGCGCAAUGCAGAAAUGAGCCUGUAUAUAGAAGAGAACAGUAACAUUUUUUCCAUCGAAAACGACACUGGGACCAUUUACUCCACAAUGUCUUUUGACAGGGAACAUCAGACCACGUAUACAUUCAGGGUCAAGGCUGUGGAUGGGGGAGAUCCCCCCAGAUCGGCCACAGCCACGGUCUCUCUCUUUGUGAUGGAUGAAAACGACAAUGCUCCCACUGUCACUCUCCCCAGAAACCUUUCCUACACUUUACUGCCACCUUCGAGUAAUGUCAGGACAGUAGUGGCUACAGUGUUGGCAACAGACAGUGAUGAUGGCAUCAAUGCAGACCUGAACUACAGCAUUGUGGGAGGGAAUCCCUACAAGCUGUUUGAGAUUGACUCCAGCAGUGGUGUGGUGUCCUUAGUGGGAAAGCUCACCCAAAAGCAUUAUGGUUUGCACAGGUUGGUGGUGCAAGUGAAUGACAGUGGGCAGCCUUCCCAGUCCACCACGACUCUGGUGCAUGUGUUUGUCAAUGAAAGUGUUUCUAAUGCAACUGUGAUUGAUUCUCAGAUAGCCCGAAGUUUGCACACACCCCUCACCCAAGAUAUAGCUGGUGACCCAAGCUAUGAAAUUAGCAAACAGAGGCUCAGUAUUGUCAUUGGGGUGGUUGCUGGAAUUAUGACAGUAAUUCUAAUCAUCUUAAUUGUAGUGAUGGCACGAUACUGCCGGUCCAAAAAUAAAAAUGGCUAUGAAGCAGGCAAAAAAGAUCACGAAGACUUUUUUACACCCCAGCAGCAUGACAAAUCUAAAAAACCUAAAAAGGACAAGAAAAACAAAAAAUCUAAGCAGCCUCUCUACAGCAGCAUUGUCACUGUAGAAGCUUCUAAACCAAAUGGACAGAGGUACGAUAGUGUCAAUGAGAAGCUGUCAGACAGCCCCAGCAUGGGGCGAUACCGAUCAGUUAAUGGGGGACCUGGCAGUCCUGACCUUGCCAGGCAUUACAAAUCCAGUUCCCCAUUGCCAACUGUCCAGCUUCAUCCCCAGUCACCAACUGCAGGAAAAAAACACCAGGCCGUACAAGAUCUACCACCAGCCAACACAUUUGUGGGAGCAGGAGACAACAUUUCAAUUGGAUCAGAUCACUGCUCUGAGUACAGCUGUCAAACCAAUAACAAGUACAGCAAACAGGUGUAUACAGUGCAGACCAAGAACCCCCCUGGCCACAUUGAGGAAUCGUGUAAAAUCAAUCCAUUUCGUAGAGUGACGUUUUCUGUUGUGAGUCAGCCUCAGGACCCUCACCAGGGGUCACUGCAGAGUUGCUAUGACAGCGGGCUGGAGGAGUCAGAAACACCAAGCAGUAAGAGUUCAUCAGGGCCAAGACUGGGUGCCCUUCCACUCCCAGAGGACAACUAUGAAAGGACCACGCCGGAUGGCAGUGUUGGUGAGGCAGAGCAUAUGGAAAAUGAUUCAAGGCCUCUUCCAGAUGUAGCCCUGACUGGGAAGUGUACCCGUGAGUGUGAUGAAUAUGGCCACUCAGACUCUUGUUGGAUGCCAGUCCGUACUUCUCCAGAAAGAAAGAAGAGUCAACCCAAACUCUCUACUUUCAUGCCUGUUGAUGAACGAGGAAGCCAGGAAAAGCUGGCCAACGGUGAGGCUGCCAUCAUGGGUGACCGCAACAGAAACCUCCUGAACAAAAAGUUAACCUCAUCUUACGAGACCUUCAGCGCAGCUAGUUUCAGCAAAAAUGAGGAAGCCAAUCCUGAGGAUAUUCCCCUUACAAAAACAGGGGAAUACAAGCCAUCUCCUGUCAGUACUCUCACUAGAAGAGAAGUUUACCUGUAGGCUAAAGGAGCAACAGCAAAGUUCUUUUGAUGUAUGAGAAGGAAGAUAAGGGGUAAAACUUGAAGUGAAACCAUUUAAUCAAAAAGAGGGGGCUACCAAAGAGACAAAGCUUUGCCUGCCACUUCUGCCUCCAGAUCAGGCCUUUAGUGAUACUGUUAGCCUGAUUGUAAUGUACAAUGUAGAAACCAUUCUUGUUCUUGCAUGUCUUAUUUCCCUUAUUGAUUCCCACUACACACUCUCCCUUUUCCCCAUCCCCACCCAACAGCCCCCACCAAAAAAAAAAAAAAAAAGAAAAAAGAAAAGAAAAACAAAAAAGAUGGUUGCAAGUUCUUUCUUUCAUGGUAACAAGACUGAUUAGCAGAACACAACACACACUCAUUAUCUCUAAACUGAAGCAUGAUUUUAGUCACUUUGAUUUAGUUCGAGUGUCAUCUGGCUGGUCAAAAAAAAAAACAACAAAAAACAGAUGAGUUAAAAAAAAAAAAAGAUUUCAGUAGACAUUGCAUCAGAAUACAGAUAAUCACCAUGGAAAGAAAUCUCUCAAAAUUAAAAGUCCCUCUAAUGAUAAAUAUAUAGAAAACUACUAUAAGAAAUGUUUUUGAAGAAAUUGUAGCUUUAAUGUCCUGACAAAGACCGAGAACUAUGUAAUACCUAGUUGGAGAUUGUAGUCCCGAAUUGGCUUGUUCUUUUCAAGUCAGGAGUAUCAAUCAAUUUCUUAAGUUCAUUGAAUAUUCUUAGUACACAGUUUUGAGCACUUGUAUCAGUUACACUAAUUAUAACUUGUAAAAAGUAUAUAAAUAUAUUUUUUCAGAACAGCAUCACUUUAUCAACUAACUGGAACGCUUGUGUCAUUAAAAGGCCAAAGAUCAUAAGGCAGAUCAGGGAAGUCAUGAAAUAGAUUUGGUCUUGACAGGAAAAUCCAUUAAACCACAAUGGCAACGGAAUUCAUGCAUAUACAGAACACUCAAAUACUAGUUUGAUUUACAUUGACUUUAAUCCCAGAAAGCAUAUUUUCAUUUUUAAAUGGAUUUGUUUGAAGGCUCCAAAUAAAAAAAUGAAACUAAUGACACCUACUUGGGGUAUUAUAGUAAUCAAUUAGAUAAUGUUCAAGUCUAGUUUCAAAAAAUUAUCAGGGAAGAUUUCUUUAUUUUUUAAUUGUGCUUGUGAGUAGGUAGGAACAGAAAGCUAUAAUGACAUCUAGUCAUAGAGGACAAGUCCACUUUUACAUUUUAAAAUCCAGGUUAUGCUUGCUGGUAUUGUUAUUUACAUUUUGUAUAACACAAGUGCAUUAAUUUUGAACCCAGUGCAAUAGAUUACUAUUUUGAGACUCACAACACUAAAACAAGCUGACACUUUGUCACAGAUAUGAUUUGAACAUUAUUUAAUGUAUGUGCUAAAACAAACUCAGACUGAAACAUGAAAGAAAUGAGUUCUGGCCUGUGACCUGUCUUUUAUUAUAUGCAUCUCAAAGCUGGAAAUUAUGAAGUUUUUCUUAAUUUCUUUAUCAUAAUAGGAAUACAUAGGCUACAUAGAUUUUUGGUCAUUUUUUUCUGUAGAAGAUGAUAUAAUACAAUUGGAAAUUGAACUAAGAAUUAAGAUAAAAGUGACAAUCGAGAGACAUAGUAGGGAAUAGCUAGUUAAAAUAUGAAGAAGAAGGAGGAGAAGAAGGAGAAGGAGAAGAAGGAGAAGGAUAAGGAGGAGAAGGAGAAGGAGAAGGAGAAGGAGAAGGAGAAGGAGAAGGAGAAGGAGACGAAGAAGAAGAAGAAGAAGAAGAAGAAGAAGAAGAAGAAGAAGAAGAAGAAGAAGAAGAAGAAGAAGAAGAAGAAGAAGAAGAAGAAGAAGAAAAUAAUUCCAUUACUGAAUAUUUCUAACCUGAUAGAGCGUAUCGCCUUCAUGGCUCUCUAGUAAACUGUAGAAAACACUAUAGAUUGGGGUGUAUUCAGGCUCUGCAUAACUCCUUAGACUAUACAGUGGAGCAAUCUGACAUUUAGGGUUGUUAAUUCACUCUAGAUCACACAAAACGCUUAUCUUUGAAAACCACUAUUUGAAUGAGUAGGCUUUUGGGGUCGUUUCCUUUUGCUCUUUCUUAAAUGGAAUUUUCAUUUUGAUGUUAGUUUAUGUAUAAUAGUUAGAAUGAAAGAACAUAUGUAGUUAAAAGAAAAACAUUGAAUUAAAAUAUGAAUAAUUGAACAUGCUUAUGUUUGAUUAUUAUUUGCAGUAUGGAAAGAUGCAAUUCUAGUACUCUGUUAGGAAACUGCAUUAAAGCAGUUCUGCCUUGUAUAAUCUGUAAUUACCUAUUAAGACAAAUAAUUCUAAAGAUACUUAUGAAAUGUAUACAUAAUUUUUCUUGCACGUUACAGAAGAAACACGUAAUUGCGUAACACAGAUGUUCAACAAAUUUUAAUGCUUUUUUUUCUUUCUUUCACAGUCACAUGAAAUCAUUAGAUAAUAUAUUGCACAUUUUACUCUCUUUUAAAAAAAUCUUUCUGUUUCUAUAGAGCUAAUACAGGUCACACUGGACCUUGAGAUUAAUUGAAUACACAUUCUCCAGUGACAUUUGCACCACGUUCAAGAUAGCCAUGCCAUUUAAUUCGUGAGCCUCUCUUUAGAACUAAAAUGGGUGUAAAAGAAAUAAAUCUCAGUGUACUGUAAGUAUUCACAGUAAUUCUAGUAGAAUUAGUUAUCAUAACACAUUUAUUAUAUAAUGAGCUGGCAUGACACAGAAAUAUAUUUUGUGUUUGUAUGUUUUUAUUUUGAAUAGGUUAAACCUGGUGCCACUCCAUAUAUAGAGUGCUUUUGGAAAAAAAUCAAUAAAAAGAAACAAAAAAUAUAAAUAAAUAAAUGAGUGAAUGCAAAAUAAGCAACUGUGCCUUUUAUACCUGUUGUCAUGGUAAAACAAACGGUUGUUGGGUUUGGACAAUGAGGGGAAAUGGGCUAUUCUCAACUUUUCUGAUCCUGUAUAUUUAUCCAUGUUUAUUUUCUGAAAAUAAUAAAUAAUAUAUUAAAAAUUGCCUUCUGAUAAACUCAAAUAAUGGACCAGUCUUAAAUAUUGUUCAUUCAUAAACAUUAAUGUGGGCUUUUCAUUUCUGACUAGAAGCAUAAAGCAUUUAUUGUAAUAACACAGGGAGAUAUAUCAGGGGUGAAAUCAGUCCAUUUUGCAAGAAGAAAUAUUAACUUAGAAUUUCUAUUUUCUAGUUCCUUUUUGUCACUUUUCUUUUAGAUGCUGUUUUAUUUUGGUUCUAUAGUAUAUAAACCAUACUUCUUUUCUGUAAACAAGACUAUCAGAUGAACUUUGCAUGCAUUAUACAUUAGGGCAUAUUUAUAAAUUAAUGAGUAACUAUAUAAAUUUAAGUGUAUUAAACAUCCGUAGCUUCAGCCUAAAAGUUAUUGGUCAUUCUGAAGCUCCAGAUAUCAUUUCCAUAUGGUUUCUGACUGGCCUGCUUCCCGAGUUUCAGAAAACAAAGGAGGCAUUAUUUUUAUGGAAAGAUGAACUUAGAUGGUACUGAAGAUGUCUGAUUGAAAGGCUACCCUAGGAAGCUGUUCUAUAGGAAAAUCGGUUGCACAGAAUGGAAGGAAUUUGUAAGAAUCAAACAGCCAUCCUAAAAUAGUCAUGAGAACUAUGAAUACUGCAAAGUAGUUUUAGGUAUGUUUUGCCAAUGAUAAAUAUAAAAUAUGCCCCUAUGGAGAAAUAAAUAAAAAAGGAAAGAGGAUCACGGAUAGCUUAAAGCUUGAUAGUCGUGAUUCAGGCUGAGCUACCUACAGCAUCUGGAGGAAGGCAUCAUUUUUUUCAGCUACCUAGGGUUUACUUUCAGAAGACUUUUUCCUACAUUUUAAAGCACUUGCAUUCAGUGUGGUAAGAUCUGUCUGUAAUGUUAAUCAUUGACUAUUGUUCUGCUACUUGGAUGUCGAUAGUGAAGCAGAGAACAAUUUAUCAUCUUUUAUUAUGAGUCACUAUGCACGCAGCUAUGCUAAACAUGGCGAAAUGUAUCAAACACAUGUCCAACUAUUUAUGAAAUAUUUUACAUAAUUUAAUUUGAUUUUGUACAGAUUUAUGUAAAUAAAUUGCUUGUCAUUUUGUCUCUGCGAAUUAAAAUAUAACAUGGUCAAAUGGUU